UACUAGGCUGCCUAGCAACCAUUCUGCUAUAGUAACCGUAGCAACCGCUGAAGUUUGGGCCUACGCUACGACUCUCUCUCCGUGACACUGUUCCUUGAUAAGUAGCCGUUUUGAACGUCUUUACUGGCUUUACAGACUGACACCUGUGCCGUUAGUCACAGUCAGCGUGUUUGAAGAUAAAAGUUUAGAAACACAUGAAAUAAGCGGACGUGAGGAACGAUGGAUACAGCUAAUGGAAACGAAGACAGCAGUCAGCUGAGACUGCAGGCAGCUGCUUCGUUCAAGGCGUUCAUGUUGAAAAACAGUACGAAAAGCAACCUGAACCUGUAUGACCACCUCACCCGGGUACUAAUAAAGGUGAUGGAUGAACAUCCACACAACGCGGUGGACGUGAUUGAGGAUAUAAGCCGUGAUGUGAAGCGGGGUUUAUAUGAAGACAAGCAAAGCACUCUGCGAGACCUUCCACAGACCACAGCUGCUGAGCUGCUGGCUGAACAGCAACGGCUGCUGUUUUCUCAGUUAGAAGAAGCCGACCGGGAGGAUGAACUGGUGGAAACAGCUCUUCCUAAUGUGAGUGAGAUUGGCUUCUACCUGGAGCAGGCUGGAGUGGGUCUGGGCAGAGAGGAGAUGCAGAGGAUCUUUCUUGCGCUCAAACAGCUGGUUGAGUCGCAGGCACUCCAGCGCUGUCGGCUGUGGGGCAAGAUUCUGGGAACAGAGAGCAACUAUAUUGUUGCUGAAGCUGAAUACAGAGAGGGGGAGGAAGAGGAAGAGCAAGUCACGGACCAAGCAGCUGAGGAAGAGGAGAAAGAGGCUGAGACUCUAGAGAGUGAGGAGAAAGAGAUGGAUCAACUUCCUCAGUCGACCUAUAAACCCCCACCGGUGGUUCCAAAGGAGGCAAUAGGAACAGGCGCUAACAAGUUUGUUUAUUAUGUGUGCAAAGAGCCUGGUCUUCCUUGGGUAAGGCUCCCUUCGGUCAGUCCUGCUCAGAUCACUGUUGCUCGCCAGAUCCGUAAAUUCUUCACCGGGAGGCUGGACUCACCAGUUAACAGUUACCCGCCUUUUCCUGGGAAUGAAGCUAACUAUCUGAGGGCACAAAUUUCUCGGAUCUCGGCUGGCACACAGGUCAGCCCCCAGGGCUUCUUCCAGGCUGGGGAGGAGGAAGGUGAUGAGGAAGACGAGGCACCACGAGACAGCUAUGAAGUGAAUCUUGAUUUUGAGGGCAUUCCAGCUGCUGAGAUGGCUGAGUCUUUGUCAGCCUGGGUGCAUCAUGUUCAGCACAUCCUGAAGCAGGGCCGUUGUACCUGGAUUAACCUGGCUGUGAAACCAGGAGAAGACUCUAAUGAGGAUGGAGAGGCUGAGGAGAAGGAAGAGGAGCCUGAUGAGCCUGAGCCAGAAGUUGGACCCCCUCUGCUCACUCCCCUUUCCCAAGAUGCAGAAAUGUUCAACACCCCUCCCUGGAGCUCCAGGAUGUCCUCCACUCUCACCUCUCAGCAUGCAGUAGCUGUGCUGCAUUCUAACCUCUGGCCAGGAGCACAUGCCUAUGCUUGUGGAAAGAAGUUUGAGAACAUAUAUGUUGGAUGGGGUCUGAAGUACGCAGGGGAAGGGUACAGCCCACCUGUCCACCCGCCACCACAGAAAGAGUAUGCCAGCGGACCAGAAAUCACAGAGGCCCUGGACCCAUCACUGGAAGAGGAGCAGGCACUGAAAGAAGCUUUAGAGGAGCAGCAAGCUGCUCAGGAGGAGAUGGAGGACACAGACGAAGAGGAGGAGGAUGACGACUGA